GGUUCCUAAUGUCGAGAUACGUUCCUCUCGGGUAUCUAUGCAGCGCCAUCGAUUAAGCAUCAUAGAUUUCUUGCAUUCUGGUGCUUCCCUACCUUGAAUUCGUUUUUCCGGCUUUCUCUGAACGUUCUCAACCGGCAGACGCAAUGGGCCUCAGUGAACAGGAUGUUGAAUUCAAAACCCUCGAUGGAACUGUUCUUCGCGGGACACUAUAUCCUACAAGUAAUCGAGGGCCCGCCAUAGUUAUGUCGCCAGGAUUCAAUUGCGUCAAGGAAAUGCUUGGCCUGCCUGAUGCUGCAGCUCGUUUUCAAUCGGCAGGCUACACCGUGCUUCUUUACGAUCCGCGCACCACGGGUCUUUCAGGCGGCGAGCCUCGCAAUGACAUCGACCCGAUCGCGCAGGUCGGCGACUACUCUGACGCCAUCAGCUACAUCAGCACGCUUUCCUCUGUGAAUCCUUCAGAGGUCUUUAUAUGGGGCAUGUCCUUCUCGGCGGCGGUGGGCCUUUGUGUUGCCGCCCUUGACCCACGGGCCAAGGGUAUCAUCGCAGUGUGCCCAUUGACAGACUUCACAUACACGGAGGAAAAGCUUCCCAUGGUGCUGAAAAAGUGCGCCCAGGACCGCGCUAGCCAGGUCGCCGGAAACGAUCCGUUUUAUCUCCCCAUGCUGGACGCUCAGGGCCGGAACCCUGCGGGCUUUGGCGUCGGCGUGGAUAGCGAGCAAUACUCGAAGAUUGUCGAGGCUGGAAAAGAGAUCGCCCCCAGACAUGUGAACCGGACGACUGUGCAGACCUACUAUCGCAUGGUUUUGUGGCAGCCAUUCGGGCUCUGGAGGAUGAUCAAAAAUCUUCCGGUGUUAUUCGUUGUGCCGGAGCUGGACCGGUUGAGCCCUGCAGAAAGACAAUUGGGGCAUUGGGACUCCUUAGUCUGCCCGAAAAGAAAGGUCUUGGUGCCAGGCGUGGGACAUAUGGAGAUAAUGGAAGGCGACCACGUGGAUGAGAUAAUGACUGACAUGGAGAAAUUCCUGCGGGAUGUCUUGGAGGGUUCAGUACCGUAGAAGAAAACGCGCGCUGGAUUUGUUGAGAAAUCAAUACACAAUGAGAAUUGGAU